CAGGCAUGGCCCCCAGCACCGUGGCCGUGGAGCUGCUCAGCCCCAAAGAGAAGAACCGAUUGCGGAAGCCGGUGGUGGAGAAGAUGCGCCGGGACCGCAUUAACAGCAGCAUCGAGCAGCUAAAGCUGCUGCUGGAGCAGGAGUUCGCCCGGCACCAGCCCAACUCCAAGCUGGAGAAGGCCGACAUCCUGGAGAUGGCCGUCAGCUACCUGAAGCACAGCAAAGGUGAGCCCGCUCGGCCGCCCGCCCCGGCCGCUCGCCCCGCCCCGGCCCGGCCGUCCGCGCUCACCGCGCCCCGUGUCCCUGCAGCCUUCGCCGCCGCCGCCGGCCCCAAGAGCCUGCACCAGGACUACAGCGAAGGCUACUCGUGGUGCCUGCAGGAGGCCGUGCAGUUCCUGACCCUCCACGCCGCCAGCGACACGCAGAUGAAGCUGCUCUACCACUUCCAGCGGCCGCCAACCGCGCCUGCCACAGAGCCCAAAGCGUCCAGCGCUGCGCCCGCGCCUGCGCCCGCCCCAGCCAAGGCCGCUGCGCGUCAGCCUGCCUGCGGCCUCUGGCGGCCCUGGUGA